AUGGUAAGUGUUACAGUUCUUGGCUCAUCUGGUGGUAUUGGUCAACCACUUUCGUUGUUGUUGAAACUAGACCCUCAUGUAUCAAGUUUGAGAUUGUACGAUUUGAAGCUGUCCCACGGUAAUGCUACCGAUUUGUCUCAUAUCGACACUAACUCCACGUCUGAAGGUUUCAAUACCGCAGAGAUUGGUCAAGCGUUGAAAGGUGCCCAAUUGGUCAUAAUCCCGGCCGGUAUUCCAAGGAAGCCAGGUAUGUCACGUGACGACUUGUUCAAGAUCAACGCCAAGAUCAUCAAGUCUCUAACUGUGCAAAUUGCUGAACAUGCACCAGAUGCCAGAAUCCUUGUCAUUUCAAACCCAGUGAACUCGUUGGUUCCAAUUGUUUACGAAACUUUGCAAAGCAUGGGCAAGUUCCAAGCCGGUAAGGUUAUGGGUAUCACUACUUUGGAUAUCAUCAGAUCUCACACUUUCCUAGUAGACAUCAUUGGCCGUAAAGCUUACUCCGUUGAAAAAUUGAAGGAUGCAGUUACCGUGGUUGGUGGUCAUUCUGGUGAGACCAUCAUUCCAAUCUUUACUGACCAAAAAUUCUACAGACGUUUAAGAGACUCCAACGUUUACGAAUCUUACGUACACAGGGUUCAGUUUGGUGGUGAUGAAGUUGUGAAGGCCAAGGACGGUAGCGGUAGUGCUACUUUGUCCAUGGCUUGGGCCGGUUACACAUUUGCUAAGAAAUUGUUGAACAGUUUGCAUUUGAACACCGCUGGUGACCAACAUCCAAUCCCAACUUUCGUUUACUUACCUGGUUUGCCAGGUGGUAAGGAAUUACAAAAGAAGUUAAAUACUUCUGUUGAAUUCUUCUCUGCUCCAGUGAAAUUAGAGAAAGGUAUCGUUGUCGCUGUAGAACACGAAUGGGUCGAUAAGUUGAACGAUGACGAAAAGAAGUUGAUCGCCAAGUGCUUGCCAAUCUUAGAAAAGAACAUCAAGAAGGGUCUAGCUUUCUCGAAGCAAACCAAGUUGUAA